CCAAUCUACGCUUGAGCAACCACCGCAAGUUAGCUCGCCGCACAAAAUCACGUCUUUUUCGCACGGCCAUGAGACAUAACUUGUUGAGAAAACACUUCUAAAAAGACAAUCACAGGUUAGAAGAUGUCGCAGGCGCGGACGUACAGACCGCAUCAAAACUCCAACCCUUUCGCUGGUUUCACACACCAGUCAAUACCACAAGCAUCACAUCUCCAACACCCAGCCGCGAGUCUACAGCACAAUCUUGGUGCGCACCCGGGCUUUAGUGGGGGCCCCAAUGGCGGCGUAAAUCUAUUUGGUCCGCAGACAGCCAAUGCGGGCCUCCCAGGCGGCUUCAACGUAAGCGCAGCGCUGGGGAACAGUAGUGGAGGACUGGCAAGUCAAGCUGCACAACUCGGCUUUGCGCAUGGCGCAGCAUUACAGCAGCAGCAUGGACAUGAGGCUGCGAAUGCAAAUACGUUUUCUACGAAAGGCAACAAUUCAAGGAUACGGGACGUCUGGAAGCACAACCUGAAGCAAGAGAUGCAGGCGCUGAGGCAGUUGGUGGAGAAGUAUCCGUACAUCAGCAUGGACACCGAGUUUCCGGGCAUCGUGGCAAGACCGAUGGGCGACUUCCCGAGCAAAGCAAGCUACCACUAUCAGACGCUUCGAACCAACGUCGACAUGCUCCGAAUGAUCCAGCUAGGUAUCACACUGUUUAACGUCGAGGGUAAAGAGGUCGCUCCAACGGAGAUACAAAAUCUGAAGCCUGGAACGUAUCCCUCCAACAUCACAAUCUGCCCAUGCACGUGGACAUUCAACUUCAAGUUCUCGCCGGAGGAGGAUAUGUACAACGACGAAUCUUUGCAGUUGUUGAAAAAGGCAGGUUCCGACUUUGAAAAGCACGCGACGGCUGGUAUCGACGUCAGGGAAUUUGGGUCCAUGCUCAUUACUUCCGGCCUGGCAUACUCUGACGACGUGCACUGGAUAUCCUUCCAUUCUGGCUACGACUUCGGCUAUCUCGCUAAGAUCAUGUGGGCGCGGAAGUUGCCAUCAGACGAGGAGCAGUACCGUGAGAUCAUUCGCAUCUUCUUCCCCAACAUCUGGGACGUUAAGUUCCUACUUCGGCAUGCGCAAGGCUUGCUCCGUCGAGGUGUGCUCAAUGCGCAGGCAACCGACAUUCUCAAUCGCAUGGGCUCUCGCUCUGGACUUCAAGAUCUUGCAGAUGAGCUUGGCUGCCAGCGCAUCGGCACGCAGCACCAGGCCGGAUCUGACGCCUGGCUGACAGGUUCUGUCUUUUGGCAGAUGAAGGCGAAAAUUUUCGACAACAGCCUGCCUGCGGAGGUAAACGGCCAGAUGUGGGGACUAACAGGCGUUGGCGGCCCGGCAACGCAGGCUACUCAGGCGCUCGUUCUCGCGGCGCAAGGCCACUCUGCUGCUGCCGCCGCCGCCGCUGCGGCCAACGGUAUGGGCGGGUAUAUAAGUCGAGAGGGGCCGAGCACACCACUGACCAACGCUGCAGGCCUCGCGUCGACGCCGGGCCCGUCCCAGUAUCAGAACUCGCUUACGCCUGGUGGAGGCGGCGUAUUUGGCAACUUCCAAUAUGGAAAGUGAGCGUGCUGACGUAUGUUAUUGCUUCCAGUGUCGCGUAGACGGGCUGUACGAUGUCGAGCGGGUGCAAGGUUGUCGUCUUUAUACACCGCGGGAUAGCGCUACGACCUUGCAGACGAUGGAUCUUCCAAUAGCUGCCUUUGAUCUCUGCCUUUCGAACUCUUUCCGCACAACACCUGUGACUCUGCAUCCUCUGUUCGCGCCCGACGCUGAGCAUGGCAAGCCGCUCGACGUGGGCUAUCAAGUACAUUCACGACGCUCACCAUCUCCUUUCGGCGACAAACAACAACAUACCUCCCCGUACUUUGAUCACCGCGCAUAUUCUAGCCCGGACAUACCUAGGUCGCGGGCGAAUCUCAUGCACAGCGGCCACGAUGCCCGCAUUUUCCCUAACGCCUCCGUGCCUUCACCACCGCGUCUCCGCUUCAGUUCUGCGCAGCGAUCUGUCACAGAUUUCACACCACAUUCUACGGCCAGUUCCCCAGUGCGCCGUCGUAAAUACGUCCAUGUCCGAGGACGAGGUCGAGCUCGAUCUCGACCUCCAUAUCUCGGCCAGUAAGAUUACAGACGAUUCUUGGAGUUACUGAGCGCAUGAAGCACAAGGUUCUUUCCUGACUAUCCUCUCUUCUCCUUCUCUUAGCUGCCUUUGCUCUUUCCUUAGCUAGGUGCACAGUUAUGCCCUGGUGAGAUCGUAAAGGAUAUACCGGACGUCAAUUUUCCCUCGAUGCGUUGUCCAUGGAUGGUGUUUAGAGCGCUGCUAUCUUCAUGUACGAUUAUUUUAUGGGAGAGGCAAGGAAGCAUGGAAUGGCGCAUGCGCGAAUUGUAAACGAUUUUCCAUAGUGUGCUUUUUUCUGUGGAGUACUAGUAGGGUAUCGAGCAAGCAAUCGAGCUGAAAAUAUCAUUGGACUACCCUCUUCAAUCGAUUCUGCGAUUGUUGGUGUGCCAAUAAAACGCUGGCCGUAUCAAACAACACAGCACGUGGCGCGUGGAAUUACCACUGGGGCGGCUCAUUUUAUUAAGCAGCAAACGUGGCAAAACUUAAUGCUGCAACCAACCGCCACAGCCGAAUCGUU